GACUCUCCGCAUUUUUCACUUUCGCUUAGACUAAUAAACAGAUGUCUAUUUUACCUACAGAUUUUUUUAAAAUCCUAAUAACUAUUUGACAAAAUGAUCUCCAAUCAGUUAUUUGUUCUCCUUUUCCUAAUGGUAACAUGUCAUCAAACUUGGGCUCAGCAAAUGCCGCUAGUGCAUCUCGAAGUCCAAAAUCUUAUAAAACUGCAGAAAGGUGCGGGUUGGCCUCAUGUUCUGGAGGUCACGGAAGGCCACGAGGCACUCUUGAAGCUUCAAUCACAGAUGGAGAACGUUGCCAGCUGUGUCAUCACUACGCCUACCGGAUUGCAAUUUGAUGUUCAUUCUCCUCCAAGCAAUAGGUAUGCGAGUUGGGGUGAGGGAUGCGGCGUAAGAGUGCAGAAUGUGGUGGCGACUGAUGAGGGUCGGUGGCGGCUCAACGCCACUAAUGGCGACGCGGUCGCAGCGGGCUGGACAGAGGUGCUUGUCACUAAAGCGACUCCAACAUAUUCUGCACCGCAGAUAUCUUUACUGGAUGGACAGACCAACACUGAAGUGGAACUAACUUCCCUGGACAACUCGUACUGCGUGGUCGCGCAGCCCUUUUCCGAGAGUUCGCUGGUCCCAGGGCAUUGUCGUGUGACCCUGGACAGGACAUCAAGGGCAGUCCAGGGCAACUGGGAUGUGCUGCUCGGCUUGCCAGGGAGAGUGUCCGAACUCCAUGUCCAGAGACAAGUUGCUGUAGAAGUGGAACGCCUGGACAUGGGCUACAUUCGGGACACGAACACCAACAAACUCCACUUGUAUUGCAACAUACUGCAUACGACGAAGAACAUCACUUUCUGCCGGUUCCAAAAGACUUCAAGUUCUUCUGGCUACAACGUCGUGGACGGACUUAGUGAUGGAACUCACAGUUACUAUGGCAACGGGUUCCUGUACCGCGAGUGCGGCAUGACGAUCGAGAACCCGUCAGCGCAAGAUGAAGGCACGUGGCGGUGUUCUGUGGGCGUCCAACAGUGGGUCGGCACUCAGGUACAGACGCAGACGCCGCUGCAGGCGCUUAUAAGUGUUUCUCCCACUGGGCGAAGUACGACCAAUAUUCAGUCAGAAGAAAUUUCCACGGUGUUCGUGCAAGAACACGAUUCGUUCAGGGUGAUGUGUCGAGCUGAUGUGUCUCUGUCGUACUGCUGGUUCCAGCACCCUAAUGGCACUCAGUUCACGCCAGUGCCCUUAGUUCAUCAGGAGCAAGCUUUUUGGUAUACAGGCGAGAGUCUCAAAACUGGCGAUUGUGGUAUAAUAUUUUCGCAUGCGACGAAAGAAGAAGCGGGUAUAUGGACUUGUCACAUGGGCCCAAAUGAUGCCAGCCUUGAAAUAACUGAUAAAGUAGAAGUCAGAGUAACUGGGCCUCUUGCUGCGAAUAAAAAACAAAUCGUCACGACCAUUGGUAGUACGAUUACCCUAUACUGCCACAGUUCCAAUGGAAACAGACCGUUGAAUUAUUGUAGAUUUUUGACACCGUAUGAUUUGGGUUUCCGAUUAGAUUCCACUGUUACUGAAGAGAAUGCGCUUUUCGAUCGCUAUUAUUUCACGCCUGGUAGAGAUUUGGACUAUGGAGAUUGUUCUUUGACUAUAAAAACCGUGCAGGACGAAGAUAUUGGCGAGUGGACGUGCGCUGCAUUAAUCGAUCAGGAUUCAGAGGAAGCUCGGGAUGUUGUUACUGUUUUACUGAACAUAGAUGAGUCACGAGCCCCUCUUUCUCAAGCCGGUAUCGUGGGUAUGGCGGUGGGUCUGUCUACCCUAGUGGUACUAUUGGCAGGAGUAGCAGCAUACAAGACGGGAUGGCCAGCAAAACUGUGGCGCAGGAAUAUUCCACCUCCUAGUCAUACAGAUGCAUUCUCUCUAGAUACCGUGUCUGCUAAUUCUAGAAACAGUCAGAGUAGCGCAGAUAGUGACUAUCACGUAACCGUUAAUACUCAAAGGAAUUAGAUAAGUACGUUGUAGUUUGAAAAAAUAUUAUGUAUAGGUAUGGCAUAUUUGUAGAAUAUUUUAUUAUUCUCUACCCAUGCGCAUUUCAGUUGUGUGUAUGAUAGUUGACUUGAAGAAUGGAUAAAGCGGGAUAUGAACGGACUGUGAUGUGUAAAUAUUAUCUCUAUAUUUGAAAUAAAACGAUUAUAAUUUGUUUA